UCCCAAGAGUUACAGGGAGCUUAGAAUCACAGUGUUUUUUUGGUAAAUCUGGUAUUCAUGGAUGGGGCCUGUUUGCACAUUGGAACAUUCAGGGAGGAGAAUUGGACGACCAUUGUUAUGUUUUGAGUGUUGAUUGCCAGCAUGUGUGUCUCCAUGACGUUGAGUAUCGUGGCGAGCAGGUUAGGCGCGGUGUUGCAUAUCUUAGGGAGGCACGGUAUCUUUCUGAAGGAAAAGAUUCCUAUUGCAUGCCUAAUUGCUAUGCAAGGAUCAUUGGUGAUGAGGAGAGUCGGAUAGUUCAUGUUGCUGAGACCAAUGUGUCUGCUGGCGAUGAGCGAACGUACGAGCGGGAUCUAUGGACAUACAUAGCCAGGUUUUUGGAUGGAAGAUCGUUGGUGAUGCUGGGAGCAACGAGUAAAUGGUUUAACAACGUUAUCAUGCAAGAAUGUAUAUGGAAGUUCGCAUGCUUGCGUGAUCUUCAGGUUCCCGAUCCUGGCCAAGUGGCAUUCGGUUGGUCCAAGCUCUAUGCUUCGACUUUUGAUGGGAGUCACUCUUACAUGUUCCGCCAGCAGAAGAAACAUAUUGACUGGAUGCGCAUUGGAGCGUUUUCAUUCGAUUCAGAUGUAGCAUUUCUGAGUGAAAGGCUGAGUCCACCUGUGAAAAUCCCAAAACAAGAAAUUAUAGAUGAAAUGUUGCAGUCGUGCGGGGCAUGCCUGCUAAGGAAAGUCAAGACAGGAAUCUGGAUUGCUGGUACUGUUAAAAAUUUACAGCUUGUUCGGUGCCCGGUGUGUGACCAAGAAAAAUGUGAAGGAACAAUGCAGAUGUUAGAUGCAAGGCACAUUGAGCUGUUCCUGAGCCAGGGGUACCAGGACGGAAGUUGGGACUAUGAGCUUAUUGGAUCUCAUGAAAUCAAAAAGAGAGUACGACGAGCUUAUGGGGCCAUCUUUGACUUCAAGUACCUCACAAGCAAAACAACAGCGGGGGUCUUCAAUUGUAAGUCAUGGAUAGGAAAAGCCAAUGACUUUCAACCAAAAGCUAUAAUUGCUCUUCAUGCAGUUGCAGUCAACACUAAUUUACAAGAAAAUCAAGCAGGAAUUCUAAUAAAGUACCAUAUCAUGAGAGCUGGAGCUGAAGGGGAAGUUGUUUCAAUUAGAAUCUCUCAGCAGCUGCUUUGACACUGCUUGACACGACGUCGCA